AUGAAGGUCCUUCUCACUGGUGGCAGUGGCUUCAUUGCGGCACACAUCCUGGAUCAGCUCCUGGAACAUGGGCACGACGUUGUCACCACCGUGAGAUCGGAAGAGAAAGGUCGGAAGAUUUUAGAGAAUCACAAGGGUGUUCCUCAGAGGAAGCUUUCAUAUGUCAUCGUAAAAGACAUCGCUGAAGAAGGCGCAUUUGAUGAAGUUGUUGUUUCUGAUCCCCCGUUUGAUGCAGUUAUACACACUGCUAGCCCUUACCACUUCAAUAUCACGGAUCCGAAGAAGGAUUUGCUUGAUCCUGCCAUAAUCGGGACCACAGAAAUAUUGAAAGCUAUCAAAGCUAGUGCACCAAAUGUCAAGCGGGUUGCGAUCACAUCGUCCUUCGCAGCAAUUACCAACCCUAAAAAUCACCCGAGGAUUUACUCUGAAGAGGAUUGGAACCCAGUGACAAUGGAAGAGGCUCUUGAGGACCCGGUCUCAAGCUACCGAGCAAGUAAGACCUUCGCGGAAAGGGCAGCUUGGGACUUUGUCAGGAACGAGAAGCCUAACUUUGAGUUGGCUACGCUCUGCCCUCCAUUGGUCUUCGGGCCUGUGAUACAUUAUCUUAAUUCUCUCCAGGCCAUCAACACGUCUAAUGCACGAAUAAGAGAUAGCAUGCAAGGGAAGAUGAUAGACGAGCUGGCCCCUACGGGAAGUUUUAUCUGGGUGGAUGUCCGAGAUCUAGCGAUCGCUCACGUCAAGGCCAUUGAAAUACCUGAGGCGGCUGGUAAGAGAUUUUUUGUGACAGCUGGACACACGUGCAACAGAGACAUCGCCGAAUGUAUAAGGAAGAACUUUCCCGAAUCGCGAUCCCAACUCCCACCAGAAAGUACUGAAGGAGAUAUACAAGGGGAAGUAUACAAGUAUGACAAUAGUCGCUCUCGGAAGAUUUUGGGGCUGGAGUAUAGAUCUCUGGAGGAAUGCGUAAAGGAUACGGUCAAGUCCCUUCAUGCUGUUGGCGCAUAG